UGUUGGAAAACUGAGUAUAGGCCCAAAAUUGGCGCCCAAUAGCAAAAUAUCAGAGCCCAACUCAAUUUGAACUCCUCUAAAUGAUGAAGCAUUGAAGCGAGGUGAACCGACUGAGACUCUGAGAGAGCAGAACUGCUGAGACGAAAAUCGAAGAAAGGCUCUUACACGCGCCGCCGUCGAAACAACCACAACCGCAGCUCUCCUCAACGACGUCGACCGCUCCAGAGAUCCCUCCUCCAAAACGCAACGCAUCGGCCUUCCUCCAAAUUCCAUGGCGGACGGCGGCUUUCAUAAGCGAGCUCUUACCAGUGUCACCGACCUCGACGGCGUCCCUGAUGAAAUACUGGCAAGGCUACCGGUCAAAACUUUGAUGCGAUUUCGCUGCGUCUGCAAGCCAUGGCGUGCUCUCAUCUCCCAGUCUCACUUUGUCACCAAGCACUUCAACUACGCAAGCAAAGGCUUCACCGAGAACACCUCCAGCCUCUUGAUAUCAAUGAGUCCCGUCAGAUACUGUGAAGCAUCCAUGGAUUUAUCCCUAGACUGUGAGGCAUUGAAGGACUUGAACGAUGAUGGAGAUGCUCAUCUUGCAAUUAGAAAGCUCGAGUUUCCGGUAAUGUUCCCUAAUUCCAGUCGUAGAAAAAUUGUGGGUUCUUGCAAUGGGCUGAUUUGUGUAGAAAUUGACGAGAAAGACAUGGUGUUAUGGAACCCUUGUACUGGACAAUCCAAUUUGUUGCCAAAACCUACUUCGAAGCUUUGCGGAGUUGGUUAUGAUCUCACUAUGAAGUUUUCCGGAUUUGGUUAUGAUUCCACUAAUGAUGAUUAUAAGGUAGUGAGAGGAUACAGUUUUAGAGUUGCGGGUUCUAAGGAAACCGUGGUUCAGGUUUUUAGUUUAAAAUCGGGUUCAUGGAGGACCCAUGAGGGUCUUAGUUACUUGCGCUUGGUAGGGCCAGGGUGCUUCUCAAAUGGUGCUCUGCAUUGGGCAGAGACCAUAUUCAAUGAUUUUCGUCCACCAGCUUUAAGGACUAUCUCUUUUGAUUUAGCGGAGGAAAAGUUUCAGGAGAUGCUUCCGUUGCCCUCUCAGGCUGGUAAUAGAUACAGCUUUAUUCCUGGAGAUUGUUUUGGUGUAUAUACAUAUGACUAUCUACACAAUGAGAUCUUCAGGUUUAGAAUAUGGAUAAUGAAGGAAUAUAGGGUCCAAGAAUCGUGGACUGAAGUUGGUUCUUUAGAUAUUUUACGUGAAGAUUCUGGAUUCUCACUCGUGAUGCUUCUGUGCAUAUUAGAGAAUGGUGAAGGUUUGAUCGUCCAGACAUGUGAUUUUCAGUCCUUGGUAUUAUAUAGCUUCAAGGAACAGACAUUUAGGAAUGUUGUUAGGACCCACAACGAAUGGAAAUCUGAUGCAGUCAUUUACAAGGAGACUUUAGUUUCACCAGUCACCAGUGGUAUUGCAGUCAUCUAAGAUCAACACUGUGAGUUUUCAUUUGCUCUUUCUGUUGAAUAUGAUUAUCAUUCUAUUACUAUAGUAAUAUAAACUGAGUUUGACCCUUGACAAAAAAAUUAAGGUCAUAAUAGUGCUCUUCUUUGUCUUUGAUUAUUUUGAUGUAUCUAACUUUUUUAGAGUCAGUACUAUGCACUGGUAUUAUUGCCUACUCUUAUGGCAUUUUGUGACAUACCCACUGUCUUCAGCUUCCAGCUUUGUCCGACUUUUCUUCUUCACAUUCUUGUAGACAAUAUGCAUAUUUGCUGGAAAGCUAAGUUAAGCAUGCAUUCUUCAUUCUUCACCCUUAAAUUUUGGGAAUCUGACAUGUAUGAUUCAUUAGUUUUUUAUUUUGCUGAUGAAAACUAUAUUUGAGUCGAUGGAUUUCAACUUAGAAGUUAUUCUUCCAGCAACCUUAUUGUUGGAAGUUGGAAUUGAAAUGCCUUUUAAUCAUGUUCUUAGGUUGGUCAUGGGUACUGGAAACUCAUU